UGGAUAGGAUGCAGAGAGACAUAUGCAAAUCGGCCCAUCGGGCUGCGCAGGGUGGACUGCAGAGGUGAACGCUUCUCUACUUAGGAAAAUGCUCAUCUGCUGCCGUGAAUUUCCAAAACUUUUUCACCCAACGCUUGCUUCCUCCUGAAAAACCCAGAGAGAUAAAGAGAAGCUGGGACAGUGCAAAGCAUUUGCCUGAGAUAUUAAGAUGAGCGCAGACGCGGUGGAGCAGUCGGAGGCUCCAGCUGAACAGGCAGAGCGAAACGGAAUUGAAUUCAAUCGACAAAUAAAGACAGAAGAUAUCAACGACUCGCCUCACUCAGGCUCCUCGCUGAAAGCAUGUCACCCAACGCAGAGCUCACCGGUCCAUGGAAGCCAGAUGAGUGGGGAGCUCACCUCCCUCCACCCUAUGCAGCAGCUGGUUUUGAUGCCCCCCUCUCAUCUGACAGCUCCCUCCCCCUUCCUGCUCUCCCAAAGUCCUUCCAGCCACCAAGCACUUUUACAGCAGAAUCUGUUGUCCCUUCCGAGUCAGAGUCAAAGCAGCCUCCUCCAGCAUCAGCCCGGGCUCGCUCUGACCCCCCAGGGGAUGAGCCGCUCGGGCCUGGCGGGACCCUCCAUGGAGAGCCACAUGGACAUGUCCCACCUGCAGAUGCCCAAACACAUGUCCAUCCCGGCUCAGGACGAGCCCAGCGACCUGGAGGAGCUGGAGCAGUUUGCCAAAGCUUUCAAACAAAGACGCAUCAAACUGGGCUUCACUCAGGGAGAUGUGGGACUUGCAAUGGGAAAACUGUACGGGAAUGACUUCAGUCAGACGACAAUUUCUCGGUUUGAGGCUCUUAACCUCAGCUUCAAAAACAUGUGCAAGCUCAAGCCCCUGCUGGAGAAAUGGCUCAGCGAUGCAGAGAACUCCCCGUCCGACUCCAUGAGCUCGUCCACCUCUAUGCCCCUGCUGGAAGGCUACGGGCGCAAGCGGAAAAAGAGGACAAGCAUUGAGACCAACAUCAAACUGACUUUGGAAAAACGUUUUCACGAUAAUCCCAAACCCAACUCGGAGGAGAUAACUCUGAUCUCGGAGCAGCUCUCCAUGGAGAAGGAGGUGGUCCGGGUCUGGUUCUGUAACCGCCGUCAGAAGGAGAAGAGGAUCUACUGCCCGGUAGCGACUUUACCCGUCAAAUCUCACAGCUACAACUCCAGAAUGGCCUCAACAUCUAGAUCCUACAGUCCUCUGGCCUCAGGAGCAGCUUCAUCAAAUUCCUCCCCAAACAACCCCAGUCGCGAACCAUCUCCCAAUGGUCUGUCCACAGUCUCAGUCUCUCUAACCUCUCAGGUCAACCCCGCAUCCUACAGCACGCCAGGGUCCUGGUACCGUGCGUGGAAUCCUGCUUCUUAUCAUCACUGAGAAACAAAAACUGUAUAGUAUGAAAUUAUUGAAGUUAUUUUUGUUCUGAGACGGAUGAAGAAGAAGUGACCAAACACCUCUGCUGAGAGCAGGGUUCUGUCUGGAGACUCAACCCGGGAACCGAUGUCUGACCAUCAAGUUCCUGAAACGCACCCCACUGCCAGCCACUAUAUUUUGCUUUUAGAUUAGAUUUUGAUUUGGACUUUUUUUUUUUUUACCAAUAAAUGAUGAGAAAAUGCCACAGCCCAAAGGAGACCUAUAGCCCUGAUCAAAAUACUUUUUGAAAAAAUAAAAUACAGAAUGAUUCUAAAAUAGAAAAAAAAACAUCUUGUUUACAACUGCAGUGAUAUCUUCAUCAGGAUGUUCCACAUUUCUGCCGGAAAAUUGUCGACACCCAUCAAUUGUC